UCAAAACAACAUGGCCACGAGAGAAAACGAACCAGAUAACACUACCGAACAAAUCAUCGAGGAUGAUUAUCUGCAAGACCCCGAUCCGCAUCAGAAACGGGUAGAAAUUUUCUUCAAGCCUCUAGAAGCAAAAUGGGACUUCGUAAGAGACGUUUUGUUGUGGAAAAAGCCAGUUUAUUCGCUUGCUAUUUUCAUUGUUGUGAACGGAAUUUUCAGCUUCUUUGCAAGCGGAAAUUUUCGGUUGUUUUUAAUCAUCAACGCAAUAGUGGGGUUGUGUCUUUGUUCGGAGGGCAUGAGAAGCAAAAUGGCAAGUGUUCUCGAACAAGCUAGAAUAACUCCAGAGGAAAGAGAAAGUUAUGAAGCAAGUUUAAUCUUCCAAAGAUUUUGCUACAAAAUUGCUCUAAUAUGGGGAUUCUCAGAACUUCAGCUAUCCAACCUAAAGGAACUGAGAAGAAAUAGCAAACAAAAGUUCUAUGUGGUAUUGGGUGUCUUUUUGGUUUUGGCAUCAUUUGCAUACCAAUAUCUACCAUGGCUGGAAAUCUUCUAUAGCACAUUGCUGUUCCUGUAUUUGUGGCCUCCUGCUAAGUACCAUGGAACACACAGAGUGUUAUUUGGAAUGAUUGAGCCAUUUGUCCGACCAUUUGUGGUACAUUGGAAACACAGCCGAACUAAAAGACAAAGGAAUCAAAUCUUGAGAGCUAAAAAGGGUGAGGAUUAUGCAGAGGACAGCGAAGAAGAAUUCACCAAAGAAUUCAAUCCAGAACCCUUGAAGGGAAAUAAAAGGAAACAAAAAGCAGCUGCUAGAGAGAAUCUUGGUGAAAUUCCAACUGCUCCAGUGAUAGAAAAUGAUGUGGUUUUACCACAACGGUCACGAGACGCAGCAGAUGAACAACAACUUCUACCUCAGUAUCCUGCAAUUUCACUUUCAGCUGAAACACCAGAAGAUGUUUCCUUGUCUUUUCCAACAGGAAUGCAUUUGGAAUUACCAGAAUAUGAAGAAAAUUUUGCUGAAGGUCUCGAAACACCAGGGGGAUCAACAGUGAGCUUUAACAGUUCAGCUUCAUUCUUACCUGACAGCCAAGAAUUUCCAUCUCUGGCCACAAAUGCAGAUACAUGGGACCUUGACGAUGAUGAUUUGGCUAUAGGGCUUGACUUCCCAGAUAUUGAUGAUAAAGAUUACCAUAGUUCAACUGAGUCCCUUAAUGACUACAUUGAAAAGACUGGAAAAAGCUCGCAAAACAGAGUCUUAAAACAUUCGUCUCAGCAGAGAGCGAUGGGAAAUCAACAGGUCAAAAGAAGGGCAAAGAAGCAAACUCCAAUGACAUCAUCCCAACAAUCAGACAUUGUAACUGAUGGAUGUGAUUUUGAAAUGUUAGACAAAUCUGAGAUAGAUGACAUGGAUGAAACCAUUGGAAAUGAAGGAAGAGCUGGUGCAGGCGCUGGGUCAUCACUUGGGAAAUUUGUUGGAAAAUUUUUAGGACUUUGACCUCACUAACCAAUGUAUAUAAUAGUCUUGAAUUACUCUUGAUCCACUAGAGAACAUGUUGGAAAUGAAGGCACCUUUGUACAGAAGCCACAUUUUUCAGACACUGUAUUCUCGUUUUGAGGACCUCGAAGUAUACUAUUACUGCUGUUUUCUAUAUUCUGCAAACUCGGUAGUUGUGAGCUGCAUGAAAUCUGCUUUUUUGCUGCCGUCAAUCAAAGAUAAUCAGUCGGUAUCUUUUAUGUUCCCAACUGGCGGCAGUGAAAAACCCAUUUCACAAGAAGCCGUUGGAAUGUCCGAGUUCACAGAAUAUGGAAAACCCUAGUAACAUGGAUUAAGCAUAUCAUAUACUAUUAGUCAUCUUUUUGUAUAACAUGUUGCAAUGAUUGUGACAAAUGUCACAACUGAAUGCUCAACAUAGAACAACCGUAUGGGCAGUGAAAGCAGAGCUACUAACAGACUCAGGCAGGCAGGAGACUGGGGGGAGGGAAAGGGGAAGUAGGGCUGGGAGCUAGUCCAAUCAAAGCUGGUACCAACUCAGGUUCCCAAAUAGAUUUUUCUAUGGGCCUCCUCCUCCAUCCCUUUUCCUCUUACCCAGUCCAUUGCCAUUGCCUGUUCACCGGCUUAAAGCCGAGCUAAAAAUAGUGGCUGCUCAAUGUGUGACCAGUCAAGAGAACAAGCCCAAGAGUUUGGUUUUGCUGGCCAUUUUUUUAAAGUCCUGUAAAAGGAAAAACCUGUAUAGAAUUGGACUUCAGUAUAUAUUUUUAAUAUUAUUUAGAACCUUACCAAUUGGGUUGAGUUUUUCUAAACUUUCUGUAGCUACAAUGGACUACUAAUAUAACAAUACAGCAGCCAUCUUGCCAGGGGGCAAAACAAAACAAAGAUGAUGGAAAGUAUAAAGAGUUUCACUUGCUUAUCUUUCUUUUAUGGGUAAAGGUGAUCAAUGUGGUAGCCUAUUUCAUGAGUUUUGCUAUUUUCUCUAGUUCAGACUCAUCCUGAACCGUAUUUAUUUUUGAAACUAUUAAAGGGCAGGUCCAUUCAGUUCUGAGUAGUGUGGAACAUUAAUAUAGUGCAUACCAUAUAUCCCUGAAAAAGUUAACUAGCAAAAUUGUACACAUUAGUGCAAAGUUUUCUGGUUCUACUGAACUUACUAAUUUGUGCAAAUUAAAAUGUUUUUCAUGGAUAUGAUAUAUGGUAUUAUCACUUUAACAUUGUGGUAAAUUAUUUGUGAAAUACCUGCGAAUUAUAUUCUAAACUAAUAGCACCAGGUUUUUUUAUGCAAGUAGAGAGUGGGUCACCAGUAUAUCACCAUACAUAUAUGUACUAUUCAAUCAUAUUACAAUAUUUCUUUAAUAUUUACUGUUUAGUGUAACUAUAUCGACUGGGACUGUUUGGGAGUUUAUUAUGGUUAAGGUGUGGAAUACUAUGCUUUGUAUCAAUUGUGUAUAUUUUGAUGUUGAAUUUGAUAAUGGAAGUUAAAUAAAUAAAAAUGUACUCAUUGUU